UGAUACCAUUCCCUUGCGCAGCCAUAAUAAUUUCUCUAAAUUUUCUCCAUAAUCUUCUCUCAUGUAAAGAAAAUAUAUCAAAACUAAAGAAUCAGCCAAAACAACAUUAACAUUACCACCACCAAUGGUUUUCGAAAUCACAUGAAACAUGGACACUCAAUUACAUCAACAACAACAAAAACAAAAAUUCGUCCAAGUAGAAGAAGGAGAAGAAAAUCGAUUGCUACAAUGCGAAGAAUGUGAGACAAUACCAUUGUCUACGCCGUUGUCCUCUCUAUCAACAAUAUUAGAUGAUGGAAAUAGAGAGGACUAUGUAUACGCGGCGAAGGACAAGGUCCAUAUUUUCGACUUGGAGUCGAAUAGUGAUACCACUGGAUCAACAGUGGUGCCACCUUUUUCGUGGAAGAAGCUCUGGCUCUUCACAGGACCAGGGCUUCUAAUGAGCGUGGCGUUUUUAGAUCCAGGAAACUUGGAAGGGGACUUGCAAGCUGGUGCAAUUGCAGGGUAUUCAUUACUUUGGCUUUUAAUGUGGUCUACCAUCAUGGGACUCCUCAUACAACUUUUAUCGGCGAGGCUUGGUGUCGCGACGGGGCGCCACUUGGCAGAGCUUUGUAGGGAGGAGUAUUCCAAUUGGGCUAGGCUAGUUUUGUGGUUUUUAGCUGAAUUGGCUUUGAUUGCUGCUGAUAUACAAGAGGUUAUUGGUAGUGCUAUUGCUCUUAAGAUUCUUAGCCAUGGGGUUCUUCCCAUUUGGGCUGGUGUUGUAAUCACAGCCUUUGAUUGUUUCUUCUUUCUAUUUUUGGAAAAUUAUGGAGUGAGGAAGUUGGAAGGUGUUUUUGCAAUUUUCAUAGGAACAAUGGGGUUUUCUUUUGCAUGGAUGUUCUUUGAUACGAAGCCAAGUGAAGAAGAACUUCUUAUGGGUCUUUUGAUCCCAAGAGUAAGCUCAAAAACACUUCGUCAAGCAGUAGAAAUAGUAGGAUGUGUUAUAACUCCACACAAUGUGUUUCUCCAUUCAGCAUUAGUACAAUCAAGAGACAUAGACAUCAGAAACAAAGGCCAAGUUCAAGAGGCUCUAAAUUACUACUCAAUUGAAUCCUCAAUUGCACUUCUAAUAACCUUAAUAAUAAAUCUUUUUGUUAUAACCGUUUUUGCUAGAGUAUUCUAUGGUACAGAACAAGCCAAAGACAUAGGAUUAGUAAAUGCAGGACAAUAUCUUGAGGAUAAAUAUGGUGGUGGAUUUUUUCCAAUACUUUAUAUUUGGGGUAUUGGUUUAUUAGCAGCUGGUCAAAGUAGCACUAUUACGGGUACAUAUGCUGGACAAUUUAUAACCGAAGGUUUUUUAAAAUUAAAUAUUAAAAAAUGGUUGAGGGCAUUGAUAACUAGAAGUUGUGCUAUUGUUCCAACUAUGAUAGUUGCAAUUGUUUUUAAUACUUCCGAAGGUUCAUUGGAUACUUUAAAUGAAUGGCUUAAUGUGCUUCAAGCUAUUCAAAUUCCUUUUGCACUUAUUCCUCUUCUUACUUUGGUGUCUAAAGAACAGGUCAUGGGGAGUUUCAGAAUUGGGCCUAUAGUUGAGAGGGUGGCAUGGACAUUGGUGGUGCUUGUAAUAAUGCUUUAUGGGUAUAUGUUAUUAGAUUUCUUCCUCUCUGAAGUGAAGGGAUUGUUGUUUGGAUUUUUAGUGUUCCUUGGUGCUGGAGCAUGGAUUUCUUUUAUUGUGUUUCUUCUCAAACAUAGUGGUGCUAUUUCUUCCAUCUUUGUCAGAUCCCCAAAUUCUGAAGGCUUUUAUCUUGCAGGAGACUAGGCCAACAUAUCAACAUUUCAUUUUUAGGGAUAUAAUGAAAUUAUAUUAUUGAAUAGAAAUUGAUCAUAGCAUUUUCUUUUUUACAAUGUUAAACAUAUGAAGUAUGUUUAACAAUUCUUUAAAAGCUAGGAUGUUAUUAGAUACUCGAGAUAAGGUUAUGUUUACUUUAUACUUAUUUUGAGGCAAACAAUCAUUUAAUUUUAAUAUUAAAAUAAUAUGUUGUUUGGUUAAGUUUAGAUCGAUCCCUUGAAAAAAAAUAACGGGGUGUAUGAUCUAUGUAAGUGUAAUUUAGAUUACAUCAAAUGGUUCGAGUUU